UCUACUGUACAGUCUCCCCACCAUCCUCCGACGCUUUCUUCGCACAGAAAGACCAUCUAACCGAGGCAGUUUGUCGAUAGCUUUCAAUCAUUCUCUUCCAAAACAUGUACCCGCCCUGUCAGAGGGUUCCCAUUCCAAACGCCCUCGAAUAUGCCGGGACAGUGCCGUAUUCAAAUAUUCCAUCGCCGAUUGAUCCGCUUUCGCCUGUCCAGCGCACCUUGUUCCCAAUUUAUAACACCGCUGCGCCUUCUCCCAUAUAUCGACCACAUGCGCGUCGCGACCGAUCUUUGGAUUACACCUUAGGACCAGACGAUACGCAGGUUCAACCAGCGCUUUCUUAUGUUCCUAGCGAUCCACCGCUUGUCCCGACGUCACAUGUAAACGAUACUAGUUUCACCAGAGACGCGCGCUACGCCUUUCCGUCUCCAUUCCACGCACAGCAGGAGACGCCCAACAGCUUUCUCCGCCACAGCGCUUCACAGCAGUUCCCACUUCCGCCACUAUCAAGCUUGGGCCUCCCUCAGGUACCGCGAGCGCAUUCCAAUCCGUCGCUAUCGUCAUCCUUUGGUGCAAACCUUAUCUCUCACGUUGAAAUCCCCUCUUAUCAGGGAGAACAAGUUCCUGACGCCGAAGCAUUUCUUCGAGAGCAGUUCAGCAUACCACCCAACGUCCCCGUCAAUCUCGACGCGCUCCCAGAUCCCCCUCCCGGUGUACGUCCCGACUACACAAACUCCCAGCUCGCUCGACUCGCUAUCUAUGGUCAUCCACAACACAGAGCCACUUUGCAUCAGCUCCUGAAGGCUAUAGAGGAUCGGUUUGAUUGGUACAAGAAGGAAAAGAAAUCUUGGAGAGGUAGCAUCCGUCACCUCCUCUCUCUCGAAUCGCUUUACGUCAAGGUCGAGCGACAGAAGACCGAUCGAGGCUCUGGAUCAUACUGGACCUUGGAUGUCAGGAACCCUAAAGGAAUGAAGCGCCCUCGCAAACGUACCCGCCAUCGUAGCAACGAACAAAAAUCGAAUCCCUACCCCACCUUGGGUGCCAUGAAGAUGGACAUAUCCCAUAUAGCUCCUCGAGGCUCCGCCUCCCCUGAGCGCUGUAACUCCGUCGCAAGCUCACAGUCAUCUGCCUACUCUCAGAGAAUGGAUAGCCCGGGGUUCAAUGACGGUUAUUUCCAGACUCAAUAUGAUGUCGUGUCGUCUUCGUGGAAUGCACGGAGCAGUUCACACUGAAGGGCGCUUUCCUGGGGAUAUGCCCUGGUAACAAUCAAUGCGUAUCAUUCCUGCCGAGAGAUGGCACUUGUUUGGGAGGGAGAGGAUUUAGGAUCUGUGUCAGUUGAUUAUCCACCUUCAUCUCCGCCGUUUAAUUGCUCUGUUGUUAUCUUGCUCUGUACCAUGUACUAUUCU